AUGCCGUUCUGGAGUAAAGAGUCGUGGAACGCGAGCGGGAAGCAUUGCUACGUGACGGGGGGCAGCUCGGGGCUCGGUCUCGCCCUAGCGACUACCUUAGCGGCCCGAGGUGCCCAUGUCUCUAUAGUGGCCCGGGGGCAACAGAGGCUCGACGAUGCUAUGAAACAGAUCGAGGCAAAACGCCAGAGCCCAGACCAGAUAUUCCGCUCGUUCUCAGCAGACUUGCGCGGGGCCGCCGGGGCCAACGCAGCGCUGGACGCGAUCACUGAGGUGCACGACGGGCGGACGCCCGACGCGAUCUUCCUCUGCGCUGGCGUCGCUACUCCGCGGUUCUUCGUAGAGUCGACCGAGCAGGACCUUGCUUCUGGCAUGGAUCUCGGCUACUGGACAGAGGCAUGGACAGCCUGGGCUGUCACCAAGCGAAUGGUGGAACAGGGCCGGAAAGGCAAGAUCGUGUUCGUCGCGUCAACCCUCGGGUACAUGUCAUUCGUCGGCUGGUCCUCCUACUCGCCGGCUCGGCACGCCGUGCGUGGCCUCGCCGACACCCUGCGCAGCGAGCUCCUGCUCUACGACAUCGACGUGCACCUCUUCUGCCCGAACACGAUGCACACUCCCGGCUACGUCGAGGAGAACAGAACAAAACCCCAGAUCACCAGCCUCAUCGAGGAGGGGGACUCGCCGGUCAGCCCUGAGCAGGCGGCGACGGCGCUCUUGAAAGGCGUCGCCGACGGACACACGCACAUCUCAGGGGACAUGGUCACGGAGCUGUUCCGCGCGGCGACGCGCGGAUCGGCGCCGUACCACAAUUUCGUGUACGACUGCAUCUUGGACACGGCUGCUUUUAUCGCGACGCCCAUCUGGCGUUCGAUGACGGACUCCAGGGUCAGGGCGCACAAGCCCGAGCAUGCGCGGUACCUGAGGGAACGCGGGCUACAAAAAUAGCCUGGACUCCUUGUUCUCGUUUUUGGGUUGGUGUUCUGUGCGGGAUAUGCUGUAUCAUGGAUAAACAUUCGGUGGCGACAGACAAGAGGGCAUGUCGUGAGGCUCUGCCAUACCUUGUCGAUGGCCGUUCGAGACUUCGGUGGACCAUGUCAGUCCUGGUCCUCGGAGAAAUCUUGUAAGGCACUGUUCCGGAACUCCUCAAUCCUAGUAGUACUAUAUCAGAAUGUCGGCAAGAUUCGUCGCUCAGCCGGAGCCGUCUGUCCAG